UCACCUCAAAAGUCACGUGACGAAAUAACCUUGCCGACGCGCAUGCGUUUCCAGCUAACAACAAAGAAAAUGGCGUCAGUGAAGAUGCCAUGAGUAAAAGGUGCCGCAAGGAUUUCUUUUACACAGUUUCACACAGUUUUCCAAGGCUCUACCCAUAUUAUUGUUGCACAUUGUCAUACCUGUGAACUUGUCAAAGUACGUCAGAAUGUACAUGGAGAGUGAGAACAGAGAGACAGAGGAGUUGGAUCUGUUGUGCCGUGAGGAUUGUGAUACUCCAGAGCUGACACAGGACAAGGAGGAGUUUUCACCUGAUGAUGAGCCUCCACCCUUCACAGCACCAAACGUGACAUCAGCUGGUAUUUCCUUCGCUGCCAGACUGCCUGCAGAUGUGUCACAUCACCAGUCAGUACAGAGGGAGCAGGACAGCCAACGUCAGGAAGCAGCUACCAAUAUCAACUGGCUGGCUGAACUUGCCAUCAUUGCCACCUCACCUCAGAGUCCUCUCAUGCCAAAGACAACCCAUCACUCUCACAGGAGGAGUCCCCAGCAACAUGCAGUCCUGAUGACAGACAGACCAGACCGCUGUAUGCACAACUACGCUCGCCCCCCUCCCCCUUCAUCCAGCCCCCCACUCACACACACCAGCAGACACAGACAGAGUGGCCUUAUUUCCGGGGGCAAUGGUUUGUCUGCAUCGUCACACUUCUCUUCCAGCGAAAGACUGGCCGACCCACCAGCACUGUCCAAGUCUUGGCCAACCACAGCCUGGCACUGCUUCAUGAAAGGCACGAGAGUGCGACUGAGUGAAGACACACGGCGGGAGUGGCGGCUGGCGGAAGACGUGCCGUCUGACGACUCCUUACAGGAGGACAGGACACUCAAGGAGGUGCUAAAUGUGCUGCUGGGGAAGGACACCACGUCCCUGUGUGGCCUGAGACUUGUAGAGUUUGAGGAGACUACAUCAGCAGACAGGAGAGCAGAGAACAUGGUACACAUGGUGUUCAGAACAGAGGUGGCAGACAGGGAGAUCAGUGCAGAGUGUGCCCUGGACCAUCCCUUCUACGUACGGGACAAAGGUAAGAACUCUAACAGAGAACAUGGUACACAUGGUGUUCAGAACAGAGGUGGCAGACAGGGAGAUCAGUGCAGAGUGUGCCCUGGACCAUCCCUUCUAUGUACGGGACAAAGGACCUUGGAAAGCCCCUGGCUGUACCGUGGACACGUUGGACUGCUGGAUCAUAAGGAACCGUACUUCUGGGCUGUUGGGGAAAGACCGCUCCAAAAUGGUAGAGGAACGGAGAUGCUUGAUGAAGAUGGUUCGCGUGGCUUUGUCGAAGUCGGUUGGUAUGGUGUCGAGACAUGCGGGGAAGCUGUACGUUCCUCCGUACCCAAUCCAGCUGCAGGGGGACCCAGCCUGUGUCCCCCAGAUUGUUGGUGCUCCUUCCAUCCAGGUUUGACGUACACCCGCUACGGUCUCCCGUGCCAGGAGAUAGAGUACGGAGACGUGUGUGUCCCCCCUCCAGACAGUGGUUCAUCCCCGGAGCAAGAGGAGGACACGGACUCCGUGUUUGACGAGUUUUCUGCCGUCAACUUCCUUAGUACCCUGGCUAAGCAAAGACGAGAGUUACAGAGCAGUCCUGUGAGGUCUCCUCCCUCCUCCCCCACCAAGCGACAGAGGAACAGUAGUGGGAACAGUGACCAGCCAGUCAAGGCCAAGAGGCCCAUGAAUGCAUUCAUGUUGUUUGCCAAGAAAUUCCGUAUGGAGUACACACAGUUGUACCCUGGAAAGGACAACAGGGCCAUCAGUGUGAUCCUUGGAGACAGGUGGAAGAAGAUGAAGGUGGAGGAGAGAAAGGUUUACGCACAAGAAGCCAAGGUGCUGGCCGAGAGACACAAGAAGAUCCACCCAGACUGCUGGAAACGGAAGAGAUCUACUUCGGCAUCCUCCACAUAAUGACACCUGGAGACAACAGGCCUUCACAGGAAACCCAUUGGCAGCUCCAACCUUCAACAUUGGUGCAUACAUUUGUAAACUCAUCUCAAUGGUUACUCAAGUUUUUGACACUGACCAAGGAGGCUUUUUGAACCUCCUUGCAUUGACCAUUGAAACAAACUUUCAUGCUAAGGCCACACCAAUUUGAUUACUUGUUUCUUGGAUUUUUUAUA